UAUCAUCACGUAUAAAAAUAAAUGCAGUUUAAUGUAGUUCGAUAUUCUAUGACUUGAUCCGUGUAGGAGAUUUAGCUUAAUUGAAUAUAUAUAGCAAGUUUUAAUCGUGUGAGGGUAAUUUGGAAGAUGACCAAAACAACGAAACUUUAUUGAUUAAGCUGUUGACAUUGAAUGCCCAAAACGUAUUAUUUGAUCGGAACUAGGAUGAAAUUUAUUGCCAAACACAACUAUAGUUGUGUAUGGUUCAAAAUUUGCUAGUGAAACUAUAAUAAUUUAAAAAUAGAAAUGAAUGAACUCGAAGCAUCAUAUCCACCGGAGCCUCUUCACGCUGUACCGCAAUUUGCGAAUUCGGACGAGAUGACGGCGGCAGUGGCGCGGGCAAACGAGCAGCGCAGAGCAGCGGGCAGAGGCCAGCAGGAGCAGCAGGAGGUCCUCGACCUGAGGACAGGGGCCGGAGGAGUGACUCCUCUCAUGACGGCCUGUCAGGAGGGUCAUGAGAGAACUGUACGGCAGAUACUCCAGAUGAAGCCGAGCAUGGUGCACGACCGUGACCGUACCGGCAAAACAGCGCUACAUUACUGCACAGACAACCCCACACUCGCCUGCAUCGAUCAGGUGGUGGCGGCAGAUCCUCGGUUGUUGUCAGCACGAGAAGAAGAUGGUCACACGCCCCUCCACUUGGCCACGAUCGCCGGCAACAGAGUCGUGGCCAAAUACCUGCUCACCAGGGGCGCUGACAUCAACGCUCUCGAUGACGAGAAGCACACGGCCAUCCACUGGGCCACGGUGUGCGGUGAAGUGCAGCUGCUGGAAAUGCUCAUGGAGGCUGGGGGCGACCCUAGCACGGCUGACAUCCACGGCGCGUACCCCAUACACUACGCCGCUCAGAUGUGUGGUCCCAAUGGUGACCCGAGUCGUGACAUGUCCCGAGGUCUGGAGGUGCUGAAGACGCUCAUACAGUACGGCGUGCCGGUCGAUGUUAAAGACAAGGACGGCAGAGAACCCAUGCUAUGGGCUGCGAGCUCUGAGGUGCUGCCGUCUCACGUGUAUUGUUCUUCAGGCAGCGCUGAUGCCAUCAUGAUCCUUAAGAAAGCUGGCGCCAGCGUCGUCGCUGCUGACAAAGAUGGCCUCACAGCUCUUCAUUGCGCUGCAUCUCGCGGUCACUUGGACUGCAUCGACAUGCUCAUCACGCUCUGCAACUGCGAGGUUGACUUGCUCGACUCCAACGGCUGCUCGCCACUCUUCUAUUCCGUGACGCUCGGCCACGCAGACUGCACACAUAUUCUGCUCAACAACGGCGCCGAUGCCAACAGACAAGACCGCAAGGGCAGAACCCCAGCUCACUGCGGUGCGGCGAAAGGUCAGCUGGAGACGCUGAAGUUGCUGCAUCAGCAUCAAGCUGACCUCUGGAAACGCAACGUCAAAGGCGACCUGCCUCUGCACGAGGCUUGUCAGAGCGGCCGCAAGGACCUGGUUGUCUGGCUGCUAAGCAUGAUGACGGAAAUGGUGAACGCAAGCAACAGCGACGGCAGAACUCCUCUUCACAUCGCGGCCAUCAACAACAACACCGGCCUCUGCAAGAUACUCAUGGACCACAAUGCUGCAGUGAACCCCAUCAUGCGUAACUCCAAAGGCCAGCUGCUGACGCCUGUGGACGCGGCCGUGGCGCGGGGCCAUAAAGGCUGCGCACAGUUCCUGCAACUGCACGGCGCAACGUCCGCUGCCAAGCUCACUGAUAAACGCGCUCUGCAACUCGCGCUCAGCAACAGAGCUAUGGAGGGCGGCAGCGGUGACCGUACGGGCGCCACCCCUAACAGUGAGCUGGGCUACCAGGACCUGCUCAUACCUUCGUCAGCGACGCCUGGGACAAGGACUCAGGACGCCUCCACCCUCAUGGCGGCCCAGCUCAAAGACAUGGGCACUGACACACAGACGACAUCAGAGAUAAACAUUCAGGAGUUGGUCGUUCAAGAACCCCAGAUGGCAAAGGUGGUACACGAAGCUCGUGCUCAAUACAUCAAACGGAAACAAGAACAGCAAACACGACAAGAGGUUCAUCAGGCCAUGGUUCAUCAGAGUCAGAGUGCCCAGCUGUCUGAUGAUGAGAAACAACAAGUGAUGAAUGGCAGUGAAGUACAAAAAUCAGAUGCUGAGCAGGUGAAAGACGAAAACAACGAACAGGGAGAUAGUGAAGCCGAAAUUCAAUACGAUGGUUCGAACGGUGCGCCAUCCGACGAAGAGGCGUAUUCUGAUGACUUCGAAGAUGACCAGCUACCGGAAGAUAUGCCUAUAAAAGAAAAACCAAAAAGUAUUUUUGCUCUUAGUAAAUCAGAUGAGGAGAAGUUAGAGGCUCAAAAUAAGAGGUUAGCCAUGUUGAAGAAGGAAAAAUCGUUGAAGAGAAGCAAGGAAUCGAAAAAAGUUAAGGCCGAUAGAGCAAAGUCAUUAGAGUCAAAGCCACGACGACACCAUCGUGGAGAAAAUGUCUUAUCUCAUGCCCAAUCAGCUCGAGAGAUUACGGAAGUCGGUGGAGUUGAACCCAGUCCUGCAGAAAUGAAUUUACGAGAGCAACAAUUAGACCCUGAUACUAAAACUUCACAUAGCCGUCAAGAUGCAAGUGAAAAAUCCAAACAUUCAGAUAAAACGCGAAAUAGUAAACAACAGGAAAUUUUGAAAACUUCAACUGAUCAUUCAACUGUUUUUCAUGAACAGCCAACACACACACAGCAUAAAACUCAUUCAUCGAAUAAACAAUUCAAAAAUCCGGCAACAGAAGCGAGAAAAAUGUCGACAGAAAAGUGUCAAACUUCGAUUGAACAGAACACGAAUUCCGACGCGCAAGUCUCUGAAAAAUCAAAAAAACUUCGACAUAUGGAAACAACGGACCUUAUCACCGAGAAUAAAGUGACGCCACUUGUUGAUGGUAAAGAACAAUCGAGUGACGCUCAAGGAACUGGGUAUCCUAACGUGCUGGAAAAUAGUAAGUUUGAGGCGACAGACACUAUUGACAUGGUUGACUCGAUGGUUUUGGGUGAAAAAGAGGAAUAUUCGUUGAAAUCCAUAGAAAACAGCAUCAAAACUGAUACUUUGGAGAAUGCAGUUGGUAUAAAAGAAAUAGGACAAGCAAUGACAGGAGAAGUUCCCACCUCUGCCAUUGGUCCCGAGAAACCUGAGAAGGAUAAGAAGUGUUCGAGUAAGUCACGAUCAUCGAAACACAGUAGUUCAAAAGAACGGAAGCAUAGAUUAAUAGAAGAUACUGUGGUAACGGAGAGUCCAAAUGUAGCAGCAUAUUUCAAGGAAGGUUCUGAUUCCCACUCUGCAAAAUCAGAUUCUAGAAAAAGAUUCAGUCGUGAAGGCCACAAAGAUUCUACAAAACAUGAAAACAAAAUUACACAAGAAGCAGAACAAGAAAAAGCAAUUGAAGAAAAUUCUAUCAACUAUUCUCGUGGAUCGCGGUCUUCUGGAAGAUCAGGCACGAGAGAAAAAUUAGAGCCGGAGGUGGAAGUUAAACUUGAGGGCGAGAAUGGCACUGCCGCUGUUCCAAAACUUGAAGAAGAUACAGCCACGCGAUCGUCCGGUAAGUCCCGUUCAUCGAAAAGGUCCAGCUCAAAAGCUAGUGAGAGAGGCGGAUGUAAUCGAAGUCGCUCCGCGUCUCGUUCUAAGCCAGACCAAGUUGAAGAAAAAGACAAGAAUUCUACGAGAAGCAAGUCGAGUGUGGAUGAACAUAGAAAGUUUGGUUCUCGUGGCAAGGAUAAGCCAGACGAUGAGGUUGAAGUUAAAGCAGAAAAAAUAUUGAAAUCAAAAUCGCAUAACUCUGGAGAAAACAUAACCACUUUAGAACAAAAUGAAAAUAGUGUUCCGCCAAAUUCCAGAAGUCUUGAUGAUAAGGGGAUGCAAGCUCCAUCUGAAAGUGCUCAAUUUGUGAAGACGUCAGAAAACACCACUAAAAUAACGGAUCCUGAUACUAGGGAAAUUUCCUUGAUUGUCCCUCAAGGUUCUGUUGACAGCAAAGAUACAUCAAAAAACGAAUCCACAGGGCAGAAGGAGUUGGCCAAAACUUCGGACAUGAAUAGAGGAAGUAGAAGAGUUACGAUGAGUGAGGUGACAGAAAGGUCAAAUUUGAGCGAAUCUGCUAACGAAAAGAGUGAAGGCACAGACAGUAAAACUUUUGCCAACAAUACCAGCCAAAAAAUCGAUCAACCGAAAUUAAUUGACAUUGAAAUAAAUGGUAGAAAGUUUACAAAAGUCUUGAAAACAAAGAGUGCCGAGGCAGAAGAUGCAGCAUUGGAAGCAAUGAGCUAUAAGGUUACCAGAAAUGCCUUGGGCUGCCAUCGAAGAAGAAAUCGAUCGAGAUCAGGAGCGAUGGAAGAAACUGGAUUACAGCCGCUGAGGACACCCAUACGGCGAGUCAAGUAUUCCGACUUGCCAAAGCAUCACUGUCACGGGAAAGACGUCAGGAUGCACGAAAUGCACCUCCUUGGGAUUGACAUGCCUGAGCUGUCAUCCUUAUCUCUUAGGGAUAUCACCCCGCGCACCAAGAAGGAAUCUGGUUAUAGUGGCUCACAUCGUGGUGACUCUGAACUCGACAAUCUCUCUGAAGAUGAAGGAGAUAUUGUUUCUAAAAGCGCGAUCAGGAGGAAGAUGAGGAAGGAGAAACUUCAGGCGCGAGAGAAAGAGACUCCUGAUUACCGGUCCGACCAAGAAGAAACUGACGCUUUAUCAGACAGACAAGUCAGAAAGAAAGGCGGUCGCUACAACGAAGACGGCGACAUGUAUGACUUGGACGACGCUUACGCCGAUAUGGACGACCUGCCGCGCCAUCUGUCGGCGCGCAGGGCGGCUAAGAGCAAGGGCCGCCGGCACAGCGAUGGCGGCGAAACGGGUCACUCAAGCGAUACCAACAGCCAGAAGAAAGCCAACCGCUCCGCUCCCACGGAGAUGUCCAUCACUCAGGCCAUGCAGACCACCAUGCGCAAGUACACGCUUGAACGGCGACUCUUCCAACACUUGCUGGAGCUCAAGCGUCAGCAGAUUCGUAACACAAAGGUCAACGAGUCCGUCCUUAUCAAAAGAAUGUCCGACGCAAAUAACCGGGACAGCACCAUGCUGGGCUUGAGGGGCUACGCUGGACCCAUGACAUUUCAGAGCUAUGAGAAAUAUCUUUAUGAACAACUGAAAUUUCUACAGAAUUCACAAGGCGAAAAAAUUCCCCAAUUCAAACCGAUGGAUGACGUCGAAAAAUUGAACAGGGUUUUGCACCGAACGGAAAUAGCGGAGAGCAAGCGGGUGGUGGGGGGUGGUCAGAGCAACAACAUCGCGCCUGCAGACGACGACGACGCGACCCAGUCUGAUCCGCGCAGCUGCUCCCGCCGGACGCAUCGCUGCCACCAUGCUGCCCAUGCCUACACCGGCGUCCCUUGCGCUGCUUACCUUGCCCCGAGAGGCAAGAAGUUCAUCGAGCGUAAGAUAAACAACUCGGAAGGUAAACUGAGUUUACCGAGAAUAAGUGGAGCUUCAAGCCAAGCAGGAUCAGGCCCUGCGACUUACCGUGGUAAAAACGUUAAGAAAAACACGGCCAAGUCAGAACAAAUGGAGCAGCCUUCGGGCGCUGCCUUCAUGGGAGUCCAAGGAUAUGAUCCCAAGAAACCUCUCACUGUCGAGCUCCAGCACGGAGGGACCAGACAGCAAAUCGCUCUUCCAUUAGAACUUCUAGACAAAUCCAAGAGAUAUAAUUUAAGAUUUUCUAUCAAGGUGAUGUACUGAAGCUCUAGAAGAGA